GCGAAGUGGGAGGGCACAGGGGAGACUAAAAAGGCCAGGGAAGUUGGCCUGGCGGAAGUUCCCAGGGAGAAGGCAGCGCGUUGUACCCGAGAUUCAGGGUCUGGCUCUGCUUCCCAGGCUAGAGUGCAUUUGGCGCGAUCACAGCUCACUGCAGCCUCGACCUCCUGAGCUCAAGCGAACUUCCUGCCUCAGCCUCCUGAGCUUCCUGAGUAGCUGCGACUACAGGCACGUGCCACCAUGCCCGGUUAUUUUUGUAUUUUUUGUAGAGAGUGUCUCGCCGUGUUGCCCAGGCUGGUUUCGAACUCCUGGGCUCAAUCAGUCUGCCUGCCUCGGCCUCCCAAAGUGCUGCCAUUACAGGUCUAUAUUUUUUGACAGUUUGUAAAAGCUAAUUACCAGCGGUCAUAUGUCUGAGUCCUGUGCACUCUUGCUUAAUCCACUCUGCAGCCCUGUGAAGGAUUCUAGUGAUAACGACAAAGCUAAGUUACGUGGAGUCAACCACAGUCUGAAAAUAUUAAGGUAUUUUAAGACAGAAAGAGAGAGAGGAGAGAAACCGCAUUCACAAAAAAGAAAUCCUCUUUUUAGAACAUCUCUUGGUGGUACCAUCAGAAAUGGCUUCCUUAAGUGGAAAAGUCCAAACUGUUUUGGGCCUUGUAGAGCCAAGCAAACUGGGCCGUACCCUGACCCAUGAACACUUGGCCAUGAACUUUGACUGCUGUUACUGUCCACCUCCCCCGUGCCAGGAAGCUAUUUCCAAAGAACCUAUCGUGAUGAAAAAUUUAUAUUGGAUUCAGAAAAAUGCCUAUUCCCAUAAAGAAAACCUUCAAUUAAAUCAGGAGACAGAAGCCAUAAAGGAAGAACUGUUGUAUUUUAAAGCUAAUGGUGGAGGGGCUUUGGUGGAAAACACAACCACUGGGAUUAGCCGAGACACACAGACGUUGAAGAGGCUUGCAGAAGAGACUGGCGUCCAUAUCAUAUCUGGAGCCGGGUUUUAUGUGGAUGCAACUCACUCCUCAGAGACCAGGGCCAUGUCAGUGGAGCAGCUUACCGAUGUCCUUAUGGAUGAAAUUCUCCAUGGAGCUGAUGGAACCAGUAUCAAGUGUGGCGUUAUUGGAGAAAUUGGUUGCUCCUGGCCUUUGACUGAGAGUGAAAGAAAGGUUCUCCAGGCCACAGCUCAUGCCCAGGCUCAGCUUGGUUGUCCUGUUAUUAUCCAUCCUGGACGGAGCUCCAGGGCACCAUUUCAGAUUAUCCGAAUAUUGCAAGAAGCAGGUGCAGACAUCUCCAAAACAGUCAUGUCACACCUGGAUAGGACUAUACUUGAUAAGAAGGAGCUCUUGGAGUUUGCUCAACUUGGCUGCUACUUGGAAUAUGAUCUCUUUGGUACUGAACUACUUCAUUACCAACUCGGCCCAGAUAUUGACAUGCCUGAUGAUAACAAAAGAAUUAGAAGGGUGCGUCUCCUGGUGGAAGAGGGCUAUGAAGAUCGAAUUCUCGUAGCACAUGACAUACAUACGAAAACCCGGCUGAUGAAAUAUGGAGGUCACGGCUAUUCUCAUAUACUCACCAAUGUUGUUCCUAAAAUGUUGCUGAGAGAGAAAAUAAUGCUUAUGUAUCUGAAGAAAAGGUCAGAUCUAUUGGAAAUGACAGCCCGAUACUUGAGCCUCCUCUUUAAAAGGGUGUAACUACAAAACCGAGGGAACGUCACCAUUUUUAUUCAGUAGGCGUAACCACAAAAACCUGCGAAUGCAUUAGAGUGAUUCCACAGACUGAAAGGUUACCCUCACAGUUUCCACCACCUUUGUUGGAUCAAGCCAGUGUGGUUGCUUUUUAAUGAAUGUAAUUCUCUAAGGUUUUAACCUAUACUGUACCGUAAGACUGUCCCAAUUAAAUAAUUGCCAUACUCCAGUGUACCUGGCAUGAUUUUGGUAUGGCUGCUCACCUGAUCAUACUCUAAAGAUAUAACAGGACUUGAAAUUUCAAGCUCUAGUAUUCAGCUCAGUGACUUCAACAAUUCUUUCAAGCCAUCAAACUAUUGAGGAAGGCAAUGUGUUCACCCUGGAGGCUGUUUCCAGAUUCCUAAAUGUACAGUGAUUUCAGCAUUCCGUCUGGGAAUAAGAUCCAUCCUUUCUUCAGCGCAAUCGACCGAUUUCUACCUGAAUUUACUCUAAUAUCUUUUGUUAUUACAAGAUAACUAUUUAGAUUCUGCUUUGUGUUUAGUCCAUAUUUCUUUAACCCUAAAAAGAUUAUGAAUUUGACAUGUCAUUGAUCUCUCUAAUAAGCGAAUACCAACCCACAAACCACUCAUCCUUUUAAAAAUAUUUCAUGGGCAUCGGUGCCAUAACUAAUAAAUUUUUAAGAGUA